AUGUCGGGUCGUUUUGCUAAUUUUAUAGUUCGGCUUGCACCAGGAGUCACGCAUUCUACCGUGCAUUAUCCUCUUGCAUUUGUUAAUUGCAAUUUCCAGCAUGAUUUUGAAGAUACUAAAAAGGAAGAGAAAAUGAGGAUGAGAAACAUAUACAGGAAAACAACUACUUUACGUUGCAAUGCAGGGAGCAGAUGCUAUUCUACAUCAACUGUGAUAUGGAGCUUGUUAGGAUGCAUACUUCUGUUUCAUCUGUAUUCCAAUAUUCACCACAAACAUGGGGAAGCUAGAGAGGUGCAACUGCGUGUGACUAAUCAUCCUCAAUUCCGUGAACUCCAACAAGUGGAAGAGGAGGUCAUCCAACUUCCUCCACCAAAGGGGAAGAGGUCCCCACGGGCUGCAAAACGCAGGCAUAAGCGGGUAACCCCACUGGUUGAUGAAUUCUUGGAUCAAGAUUCACGACUGAGACAUGUCUUCUUUCCUGGUAACAAGAGUGCUAUUGAUCCAGUAAAGGUCACAGGGAAUGAUAGCUAUUACUACUACCCUGGGAGAAUUUGGUUGGAUACUGAUAGAAAUCCUAUUCAAGCUCAUGGAGGGGGCAUUCUAUAUGAUGAAAGAUCAAACACAUACUAUUGGUAUGGUGAAUACAAAGAUGGGCUCACAUACCAUGCUCACAAGAGAGGAGCUGCUCGGGUGGACAUUAUUGGAGUUGGUUGCUAUUCUUCUAAGGACUUGUGGACCUGGAAAAAUGAAGGUAUUGUAUUGGCUGCAGAGGAAAUGAAUGGAACCCACGACCUGUACAAGUCUAAUGUGCUUGAGAGGCCAAAAGUAAUUUUCAACGAGAAAACCAGAAAGUAUGUCAUGUGGAUGCACAUUGACGAUGCCAAUUAUACAAAAGCUGCUGUUGGCAUAGCAAUUAGUGAUACACCUGAUGGCCCAUUUGAAUAUCUUGGUAGCCAAAGGCCCCACGGAUAUGAAAGCAGGGAUAUGACAGUUUUCAAAGAUGAGGAUGGUGUGGCAUACCUUAUCUACUCCUCUGAAGAAAACAACGUACUACACAUUGGACCCAUGACCGAGGAUUAUCUGAACUUGAUACCUGUCAUGAGAAGAGUUUUUGUGGGACAGCGCAGAGAAGCACCAGCUGUGUUCAAACACCAGGGUACAUAUUACAUGAUCACAUCAGGCUGCACGGGAUGGGCCCCAAAUGAAGCACUGGCUCAUGCAGCCGAGUCAAUCCUGGGGCCUUGGGAAACAAUGGGAAAUCCAUGUGUUGGAGGGAACAAAAUGUUUCGAAUUGCUACCUUUCUUGCUCAAAGCACUUUUGUGCUUCCCCUACCUGGGUUCCCAGGUUCAUUUAUUUUCAUGGCUGAUAGAUGGAAUCCAGCGGACUUAAGGGACUCAAGGUAUGUUUGGUUGCCUUUGAUAGUGGAAGGACCUGCCGAUCAAGCACUGAAGCACAGUUCUGGAUUACCACUGUCGUCAAGAGUUUCUAUCUAUUGGCAUAGAAAAUGGAGGCUGCCUCAAGGGUGGAGCACAUUCAAGUAA